CUACGGUCUCGGCCGUACGCGGUCGUCGUCGGUUAUAUGCACGGGAUGUGGAUGAUAAAGUGUUAUCUGCUAUUAUUGCUACAGUGCAGCUACGCGGUGAUCCCGGAGCAACGUGCUAGCGAUGACUCGUUGGUCAUGUUAAUAGCGAUUUUUCGGCAUGGAGUAAGAAGUCCCAUCACCACCUUUCCAACUGAUCCGAAUGCAAACUACCCAUGGGUUGGAGGUUUCGAAGCACUGCAACCGGAAGGUUUCGCGGAACUUCAUUUGCUAGGGGAAAAUAUGAGGAAGCGUUAUGGAAGAUUUAUUCCGAAGAGGACCGCAGAUAUGAAACGCAAAAUCUAUGCUGCUAGCAGUUGCAGUGAGCGGUGCAUCGAUAGUGCCCAUAGUUUUCUGAAAGGUUUGCUUGCCGGCAGACGACAACCAGUUCCAAUCCACGUGAUUUUACCCGAUGAAGAUACUUUCCUUAUACAAAACAGAACUUGUCCGAAGGCUCGACAGGUUUGGAAGCAACUGGGAGUGGAGCCAGAUUCGGAAUAUUUUUCAUUGUUCAAGGAGGCAGAAGAGCUGAAAGAGUUUGUUUCUAAAGAAAUUGGCGAACCCAUCAAAAGUUUAAGGGAUUUAGUAAUAAUACUUGACUCGCUGGAAGUGUUCAAUACAUUUCAUCUGCAGCAACCGGCGUGGGCGGACCAGGUAUUUCCCCAGCGAGUAAGACCUUUGAUAUUGGGCUUUCUACGAUCCUACACAGGUUCGGACGAACUAAAACUAAUUCGUGGUGGUGCGAUAUUAACGGAGCUCAUCGAUAAGAUGAGAGCCAAACGGGACGGGCAGAAAGAGUUUCGUCGUAGAAUGGUUUUCUACUCUGGACAUGAUUUGACACAGGUUAGCCUGUUCAACAGUUUGGGCGUAAAGGACAUGCUAACACGAAGGCCAGAAUGUGGUUCCGCAGUUGUGUUUGAAUUACAUAAGAACAACAUAUUUUGGAGGGACCUGGAAGUUCGAAUGCUUUAUUACGCCAAUUCAAACGUCAGCGUUCCCGUCAAGUUAUCAAUACCUGCCUGCCCAGAGCCUUGUCCGCUAACGCUUUUCGAACAGUCUGUUGAACAUUUGUUACUUGCAGAUUACGAUAAGACCUGUCAGUUAUAGCUGACUUAAUUUUUUUGAAAACAGCGCCAGGAAGUACAAAUAUAUCGGAAUUAGUAAUAAAUGUAUUUCA